AUGCAUGGCUUGAACCCAUACACCUCUUUCUCACCUGCCUCCGCCGGCACUCAACCCUUCGAGAACUCCGCGGUCCAGCAUAUUGGGUAUGUGGAGGAACGGGACACCAACUCUUUGCUACUUGAUGUUGCUGCCACAGAUCUUUGCCAUAUUGCCCAUGUCAUCACUGAUGGCUUAGUCGGUGCUGAGACCCGGGUUCUCCCCAUCUUGGGCUUGCUCUGCAAGUCACGCCGUGAGCAAUCCUUUCCAAUGGAUUUGCUUCAGAAAGGCCUCAGCGUUGACAUUGCUACAGCACAAGCAUCCAAAGAAGAGGACAAGACACGGAUUUUGAACUCCGUGCGAUGUCCGCGAGCCAGGACAUGGGCGUUGGACACGCCUUUUCCAACGCAGCACCCCCGCUAUGAUGCCGUCAACAAAGCUUUAGCCUCCCACUUUGCACUGACCAGCAUCCAGCAGUCAUAUCGGAACGGACAACAAGCCCCAUCAACCCCGUGGCAAGCACUACGGUCAGAUGCAGAAAGAAGGAACAUCCAAGUGUCACUGACAGGUUGCCACAAUUUCCGAGACCCGGACUUGCGGAUUCUCAUCGACAACCUGCCAUCCAAACUGCAAAGUUUACGGCUCGAUCUUGCCUACACUGGUUUGGAGCGUUUGGAUGAUCUAGCGGGUGCUUCCUUCGGAAACACCCUUCAGACCCUAGUGAUUCGCUUCGCAGGAUCUUUAAGAAGCAUUUCUGGCUUGUCUGCUUUGCUUUGCCCUUCCUUGAGACGUUUGGAGCUGUGGCUGUCAGACCUUCCAGACUUAGAGGACAUCGAGUUGGGCGUCAGCAACAAGGCAUUGUUGAAGCUUCGUUUGGAGGAGCUUGCAGGGUAG